GUAAUGCAUGUAGUUUCAGAUAGGACAUACACACCCUUGCAUACACACACACACACACACACACAGACUCACAAGACAGAAACUCUCGUGCCCUGCUGUCACACUCUGUGUGUGGACUUGCUUGGAGCAGAUGGUCUAAAAUGAGCUCCUCAGGCUGGAUACUGGCUCUGUGUCUUGUGGUUCUUGAAGGAGGCAGAUAUGCUGUGUGGGCCAAAGAAGGAUCAGGCAGUGAGAGGAACUGUUCGGCAAUUCCUCCGUAUUUGCCACCAACAGCUGUAAACACGACUCUGAGGCUUCGUGAUCUGAGAGCAUCCAUGAUCCCCUUGAACAUCUCAGCCUACAUCAUCCCAGCCACAGAUGCUCAUCUGAGUGAGUACAUCGCCCCCAGAGAUGCGAGGUUGGCCUGGAUGUCUGGCUUCUCUGGCUCUGCAGGAACAGCAGUAAUUACUCAAAACAAGGCUGUUUUGUGGACCGAUAGCCGCUACUGGAUUCAGGCAGAGAGACAAAUGGACUGUAACUGGGAGCUACAGCGAGAUGCCUCCAUUCGCAGCAUUACCAACUGGCUGAUCUUAGAGAUCCCUGAGGGAGAUCAGGUGGGCUUUGACCCGUUCCUCUUCUCUGUAGACACUUUUGGCGUCUACAACACCAACCUGGCUCCAGCGGGCCGGAUCCUGAAGUCUAUUCCUGAUAACCUGGUGGAUAAAAUAUGGACAGAUCGACCUCCUCUGCCUCCUGACAACCCCACACGCUUACCUGACAGUGUCAUCGAAAGGACCUGGCCAAUGAAAGUGGAUCAGAUACGAGCCCAAAUAAGUGACAAUCCAUACAAGCCCACCGCUGUGCUGCUUUCAGCUCUGGACGAGACCGCAUGGCUGUUUAAUCUACGAGGCAACGACAUUCCUUUUAAUCCAUUCUUCUAUUCUUACACUCUGCUGUCAAUGGAUGAGAUAUGGCUCUUUGUGCACAUUGAACGAAUUACAGAAGAGUUGAAGGUGUACCUGAACUCUUCAUGCUACAAUUCCUAUUGUGUGCAGCUGCUUGAGUACAGCUCUGUGCGCACAUACCUGAAGUCCUAUCUACAGAGACUCAACGUGAGGGUGUGGGUGGGUACAGAGUACACCAACCAAGCCCUGUAUGAGCUCAUCACUCCUGAGGACAAACUUCUGACCAGCACCUACUCUCCAGUACUGACCACAAAAGCAGUGAAAGAUGCGACUGAGCAGCGUAUUCUCAAAGAGGCUCAUGUUAGGGACGCAGUCGCAGUCAUGCAGCUUCUGAUGUGGCUUGAGAAGAAAGUUCCAGAAGGCACAGAGAACGAACUCACAGCAGCACAUUUUGUCGAUCAGUGUCGCAGCAAACAGAAGAACAGCAGAGGGCCGAGUUUUGAGACUAUUUCUGCAAGUGGACCUAAUGCUGCUCUUGCUCACUACAGUCCAUCUAAUGAAACUGCAAGGAAGCUGUUAGUGAAUGAGAUGUAUCUGGUUGACUCUGGAGGACAGUACCUUGAUGGUACUACUGAUAUAACGCGUACUGUGCACUGGGGUGAACCCAGUGACUUUCAAAAGGAGGCCUACACAAGAGUGCUCAUGGGAAAUAUUGAGAUUUCUAGAACCAUCUUUCCGGCUGGAACUAGAGGCGUGAACAUGGAGAUGCUGGGACGAAGAGCAUUGUGGGAAGUUGGUUUAAAUUAUGGUCAUGGCACAGGUCAUGGUGUGGGCAACUACUUUGGAGUCCAUGAAUGGCCUGUGGGUUUUCAGUCCAAUAAUAUUCCAUUUCAAGAGGGGAUGUUCACAUCAAUUGAACCUGGUUAUUACAAGGAGGAUGAGUUUGGUAUAAGGAUAGAGGACAUUGCUGUCACUGUUCCAGCUACUACAAAGUAUGGCCACAAUUACUUGACAUUUGAAACUGUCUCACUGGUGCCUUAUGACAGAAAACUGAUAAACACAUCUCUUCUCAGUCCUGAGCAGCUGCACUGGCUUAACAAAUACUAUGAGACCAUCCGGAGCGUGGUGGGUCCUGAGCUGGAGAGGCAGGCGCUGAAGGAGGAGUAUGACUGGAUGAUGAAGCAUACGGCACCCUUCCUCAUGGCUGAAGCUUCAGCUGUCAUCUCCUCAGUCACACUGCUAGUAACAGUGCUGCCCUCUGUUUUACUGCAUAACCUGUUGUAAAACAAGCACUAAAGGGUGUAACCGCUCCUAUUGUGGGCUGAAGUGACAAACUUACUUUCAGGUACAAACAGAAAAGCUCCAGUGUAGCACACUUAAAUGAAGUUUUCUAUUAUACAGUGUUCUUUCGCUCUCUUAAUUCUUCUGUUAUGUCCAUUUUUAAGCCAGUUUAAAUGGAUUGAAUGCCUCAUUAGGAUUUGUCCUGUGUUUGAACUGUUAGUAUUUUAUAAUGUAUUUUAUGACAUAAGUUGUAUGUUUAAUUAAGAAAGACAAUAUUAAGAUUUAAAAAUGAUACACUGCAUGUGAAUGUACGAAUAUAUUAUUUUAAGAAAAUCAUUGUUUAUCUAUAGUUUAUUAAAGUAAGAUUACUACAGUAUCUCCACUACUUUUGGUAUAUCUAUAACUGUGUCCGAAAGCUUAGGCAGGCAGUGAGGUAAUGACUUGCAGGCGGUGUUUGCAUGUAAAUUUACCUCGCAAAACAUUUUUAAACUGACUUAUAAGGAAUAACAGUCUGGUGAACUACAUGAAAAUACAGAGAACUUGGAAAA